UUUGUUGAGAUGGGAGUUGGAAAGUGAUGGCACUUUGCCAGCAAGAUUAACCGGGGAGAUCAAAUUGAGUCAGGGUCAAGACUAAUGUCUUCUGAAGACUUAGCAGAGAUCCCUCAACUCCAGAAGCUGUCUGUCCCACAUGGCUUCCAGAACAAGGAGGCUGUUAGCUCCCCAACACCAUCCAUCACCCUUAGCCAGGUGCCCGACCUCCAGCCUGGGUCCCAGCUGUUUACUGAGAUACACCUGGCCAAGAUAGAGAAAAUGUUUGAGGAGGACAUCAACUCGACUGGAGCCCUGGGCAUGGACGCCUUCAUCAAGGCCAUGAAGAAGGUUCUAAGCAGUGUGUCGAAUGAGAUGCUAAAGGAGCUGUUUUUGAAGGUGGACUCAGACUGUGAAGGCUUUGUCACCUGGCAAAAGUAUGUGGAUUACAUGAUGCGUGAGUUCCAGGGAAAAGAGGACAUGCAAAAGAGCCAGUACCGCCUGCACUUCUACCUUCCCAUGAGGGUCGUCCCCCUGAACCAUGGCUGUGAGGUGGUGAAGGUGGUGUUUUUAAUCCACCGGUUCAAGAAGAUCGGGUGUUUCCUGACUGUCACCAAAGACGGCAUCCUGCAGUUCUGGUCUGAGUCCUUCUCGCUGAUCAGCUCCUUUAGGCUUAACCAGACCCAGCAGCUCUACAACCAGCCGAUGUGGGUCGUCGACAUGGUAUGUCUGCACAAUAUGAACCUCAUUGCAGUUGCGUCUACCAAGCAAAAGAUAGAUUUCUUUGAUAUUAGUGACCGCAAAUGUGUCCCGGCCUUCACCUUUAUUGAUCUGGACAGCUGUGCCCUGGUCAUGGACUACUGGUCUGACUAUCACAGAGGUGUAUUCUGCUAUGGGGACGCCAAAGGCAAUGUCAUUGUCUUCACCUCCGAAAACGUGACCAGUGGGCUGUUCAACCCCCGUAUUCUCCCCAGGGCCUCCAAGUGGGAUCACUGGAUCAAAGUUUCCAUGCGGAAACUCUUAAAUGAGAAGUCUUCUUUGUAUAGAAGCUACCGGCUGAAGGCUCUCCAUCCCAACUGGUGUCAGCAGGUCAAGUUCGUCCCCCAGAUGAACCUGGUGGUCUCCUGUUCAGCCGUCGAGAAGUCCUCUCUGGUGCUGACAGUAUUGCCAGCCAAAGCCUCUGAAAAACCCAAGUUGUCAGUGCUGCAUGUAAGGAAAGGGAUUCUUUGCUUUGAUUACUGCCCAGAGAGGAACUUCCUGGUGACUGGUGGCUACGAUGCCUUCAUCCGCCUGUGGAACCCCUUUGUCUCAAAGAGGCCCGUGUGGCUGAUGAAGGGACACCAGACCUCAGUGACACACAUCCUCGUGGACAGCAGGAACAGCAGCAUCCUCAUCAGUGUCUCCAAGGACAAGGUCCGCCCCGACAGUCCGCCCGACUCCUUCUGUUCCUCAGGGAAACACAUUAGCCAGAGGAAUGGCAUGACCUCCCUGCCCACGGCCCCACAUCUGGCCAAAGGCCUAGGAGGGGGCCUCAGGUGGAAGGAAGACGAGGGUGGCCAUGAGCCUCUGAGCAUGUCCCCAGAGCUGGGUUCCCAGAAUGGGCUGUUGAGUAGUUUAGAGAACCAGCAGCAAAACAGCAGUGCAGCAUUCGGCGCAGAAGCCCUGGGAGCUGGGAUCAUCGCCUCUGAUGAAGGGUCUGGGUCUGGGGGCAUGGGGACAGGGACGGGCUCCCUGAGGUCCCCAAAUAUUCGCGUGUGGGACAUGCUGGACUACAUAUGCCUCCAGUCCUUCUGCGGGAAGUUUUUUGCCCUGGGAAACUGCCCCAUCACCAGUGCCUACUUCUUCGAGAAGGACAACACCCUCAUCUGCAGCACCUACUCAAUUGGGAUCCUAAAAGGGUACUUAGAGGCCCAGGGGCCUAUCAAAGCAAGGAAGAGGACCACUCACUGCUCACCCCUGUGUGCUGUCCUCUACAGCAAGAUCUUUAAGCAGGUGGUGAGUGGCUGCCUGCGCGGCACCGUGAGUGUGUGGGAGGUCGUGUCGGGCAGGAAGACGAUGGAGUUCUCUGUGUCUGGGGGCCAGCACGUGGAGCUGACCGCCAUGGCCCUGGACGAGUCAGAGCGGUGCCUACUCACAGGUUUGCGGGAUGGCACAAUGAAGAUGUGGAACUACAACAUUGGCAAAUGCCUGUUGACCUUUCCCAAUCCGGACCAGCUGGAGAUUAGUGGGAUUAUCCAUAUGAACAAAGUGUUCUAUGUGACAGGAUGGAGUAAGAGAAUCACGCAUUUUCUGUUCCACAAGACCAAGCCGGUGCUCUUAUGCUACCACUGGCAGACCUACCACACGGAGGACAUCCUAAGCAUGGCCAAGUACCAGAACCAGUUCCUCGGGACCUCCUCCUACAGUGGGGACAUCCUCUUCUGGAACACCGGCACACUCAAGCCCAUCUUCAACUUCAGUGCCUCUAGGAGUCCCUUGCCCUUGCAGCCCAAGAGGGUGAAAGAUGUGAACAACUGCCUGCCUGAGAGCCACGGGCCCAUCAGACCCUGUGUGGAGCGGGAGAAGUGGGCAUACAAGACCCCCAGGAAGCUCUCCAGUCUCAGCCCCAAGUCUGCGGCCAAUACCAACCUGAGGCGGAGCCUGGUGUCGGCUCCCCCAGUGAUGAGGCGCUGGAGAGACAAGGAGCCAGUCAGGCCUGUGUCCUGGAAGAAACCUUCCAGUGCUGCUGGCACAUCCAUGCAGCCAGGCAAGAUCCACAGCAAACAGUCCAUUUACAAAGAGGAUGAAACAAGAAAAGCAGAAUUGCAGAAGAAUAUGUUGUUUCAAUCCAGUGCCUCGGUGGAGAAGAUAAUCUUCCUGCAGACCAGGCCUCGCCUGCCAUACACGGCUGCCCUGCUGAGCAGCUGCAUGGACGGCUACAUCUACGCCUGGUCCCUCCACGGGAGCGGAGGCCUGCUGGGGAAGUUCCCUGUGGACCUAGACAAUGAAAAUGUUGUUGUGGGUGCCAUGGCCACUGAUAAAAAUGACUGGAUCCUCAUCACGGGGGAUUGUAAAGGAUACAUCAAGGUUGUGGCUGGCCAUACCAUUUCCCUGGUUCCCCCCACGCUCCUGAUUACCUGGAAGGGCCAUUUGGAUAGUGUGGCAGACAUCCUGUAUGUGGACAACUUCCAGUUGGUUAUCAGCGCUGGCCAGGACCGGGACGUCAAGGCUUGGAAACUCUCCGGUGAUGCCAUUGGAACAUUUGGCCUGAGUGUGUGGAAAAGACUACAGGAUGCCCGUGAUGGUCCUCAUGAAAACAGAGCAAGCUUAGAGGAAGAGGGCAGCUCCACUGGCACCACCCAGAAGGCCUUCCAUCUGGAACUGCAGGAGCAGCGGGAUCUGGCUGAGGCCCUGAUAUACCAGCGGCGAGAGCAGGCGGCGCUGAUGGCCCUCCUGCAUGGGAAGGCAGAUAAGGAGACAGAAGCUUGGGCCAGGCUGCAGAAGAUGGCCCUGAUGUCCCCAUGGGCCGGAGAGCGCCCCCUGGAAGACAUUGAGGACAGCUGGAGCAAGUGGGAGUCCAGGGACAAGCAGGUGAGCAAAGUCUUGGGAGCGGCGUAUAAGCCCAGGGAACGCUUGCGGAAUACCAGGUUCCUGUCCAUGAGGGUGCCGUACGGCUGGAUGAAGCAGCAGAUCUCGCCUCAGGUCUACCAAAGCCUGCACUUCAAUGAUCUGAUGCCCACCCAGCAGCCCGACUUCCUGACCAGCAGGGGCCCAGACCAGCAGGACCAGCACAUCCGCCUGGUAGCCCGCGAUGUCCAGAAGGACCUGGUGCCCAGCAGGGAGCAGGCUGUGCUGGAUACCAUGGACAGCACGCCUGCAGCCACCUCCUCCCCAUCUUCCUUGUUAUCUGUCACCGCCUCAGCCUCCAAGCUGCUGGACUCCAGCUUGCCUGCCUUCCUGAGGCCCCAGUUCUCUUUCUUGCUGCGGCCCCAGUCGGCCUCCACGGCCCAUUCCACCCCCUCAGUCCCAUCCCCGGUGUCCAAGUCCACCCUGCAGAGGUCAGCAACCCCCAAGCACAUUGUCUCCUCCCUCGAGCGGCCCCCAAGGCCUCUGAAGGCCACCUUCAUGUCCUCUGUGAAGGAGGGCUCCCACGUCAGGUUCUGA